AUGCGGCGAAACGCUUCAGGCAUAAUGGCUGGAGAAAAUAUACUAAGAGAAAACUGGUUGUAACAAACAUACAAUGAAAGAGAUCUAAGAGAGUCUGCACCAUAAGCAUUAAUGCAGGAUUUCAAUAGCAGAGUACAUGGUGAGCCAAGGGAUUAUUAAUAAGAUUACUAAGGAGAAUUUUCGAGAUAUAAUGAUACUUAUAGAGAUCGAAUGCUAGAUGGCUUGGAUAAUCUAAAAUCUACUUACAAUAGUUAUGGAGGAAAAAAUGCAAGUUUUGUCAAUUAAGUAAGGGACUUAGAAAAUUACAUGCAUUUCAAUCGCCCUCCGCCACUUAAUCCUUUAUCUAUGCAUGUACCCAUUAAUUAGUUUAAUGGAAGUACUACAUUUGCUAGAUAAGCAGCCCUUCCUCCUCCAGUUAUGUAUGGUGGUUAUCCUCCCGGAGCUUUUGCUCCACCAUUCAUGCCCUAAUAUGUUGAUCAUGACAGAAGAAUGUUGAGAACUCAUUUAAUUGGAUAGAAGCAAACAAUAAAUGAACUCCAAGAAGAAUUAAAUGGUGUGAGAAGAGAGGGAUAAAGGUUUGAAGACAUUAUUCAUAAAAGCCAUCAAGACCUUCAUAAGCUUAACGCUCAUCAUUUCCCUGGAGUUUAUGUUGGAGCUGGCCUUGAUACAAUGGACCCGAGGAAAUCUACUGUAAAAUGGGGUGAUGCUGAAACUGAUAAAGCACUAAAUAAACUUGCAAUAUAAGAAUAGGAACUUAUCAGAGUAUUGUCAAAAUUACCAGAAAAUUCUGAAAUGUUCAAAACUAAAAGAUCAAAAUUAGAUGAAUUGGUUAGACACAGAACUGAAAUAGAGAAAAUGAUGUAUUCAAAAGCAGAUUACAAGAAUUACUUGCAUGAGAAAGUUGUUGAUGAUUAAAAGAAAGAUAACCUUGCUUAAUGGCUUAGAAGAGAUUUAGAGUUAUUCAAGAUUGAUAGGACUGAUGAAGACUUUAUAGAAAGAAAAUAUAGACCAUAAAAUGGAUUCCUAAUUUAUUGGGACUAUUUAUUAAAUCUCGUUAAAGAAUUCAAACAAGUUCAAAUAGUCUAUGGAAUUUAUAAUAGAGGAAUGACCCUAUUUGAGCCAAGAUUAGUUCCUCUAACUGAUACUAUCGAUACCACUCAUCCUAGUUUUUGCUAAGCGAUUUUUGCCAUAAAUCAUUUAGUUAGAGACAUUGAAGCUCAUCCAGAUAUUUUACUUAUUCUCGAAGUUCAAGUACCCGCUUUAAGAAAUACUCAACAGACAAAAAAGAGUAACUUGCAAGAGUUAAAAGUUCACACAGGAUAUUUAUUGUCAAGAUUUGGGAAGUUAAGAGGUACUGGUGAUUAUGCUUAUGGAGAUUAAGAAGAAGAAUAGUUUGGAUAUGAUAAAGAAGUUGAGGCGAGCGUAUUUUAAACUUAUGGAUGGACAGUUCUCGAUAUAUUCAAUUUUAAGAAUGAUCUUAAAAGGGGUACUUAUAAACUACCAAUUUAUAAACCACCUACAAUUAUCAAUUUAGAUGUGAGAGAUAUCCCUUAACUUGAGAGAAUUAAGGAUACAAUGAUAUGGAUGAGAGUGGCACAUCCUAAAGAUGAUGAGAUUAAUGAAGUCAGAUGUGAGCCAGCAUAUUAUCAUAUCUACUAUGUACCAGAAGUUCAUAACAUUGCCCCUAAAGUGCAAAUGCAUUUGAAGCCAGAAAGAGAUCCAGGUUAUAAAUGUGAUGGUAUUUAGAUUUUCAUUCAUUGGACAAAGGGUUAUGAGCAUAAGAGAUUCGUAAGAGUUUCCUGUGCUUUGUAAGUCGGCAAAGAUAUUUUAAUUGAAAAUAAUGGGUAAAUGUGUUUCUAUGCAACAAAAGGUCUAUUUUAUCCAAAGCCAAAAGAAAAAGGAAUCUUAAAAUAAGUAUCUCAAGGAAAUUUGGCAAACUCUAAAUAAGACACUAAGGCUAAUACAUUAGCUAAUUCAAGUGGAGGAUUAGCAGGUACUGUUAAAUCUGACAAACCAAUGACAGCUGCUUAGUAUUAUCACAACGAUGGAGAAAAAACUGUAUACUUUAAUGAAAUGAGGACUUGGUUCAAAGAUUUGUAUAAUCUAUUGUGGGAUCUUAAUUUGAAAGAAAAUGUAUACUUGAUCUUACAAUUUUUAGAGAGGAAGGAAGAUGCUACUAUUGCUCAUUCUGUUAUUACAAGACAGUCAAUUGAAGAUGAAUGGGAUUUAAUCGGUUAUACUGUACUAAUGGUGAAUAAUCCUGAUGGAACAAUAAGAUAUGGCUCUUUUGUAUUAGAUCUCUAUGAUGGUCCAAUUUAUAUCGAAGAAUUAGAUGCUUAGAAAAGGAAUGUUUGCUAAUUAAAGGUGUAAAUUGGAAAGCCAGGAGAAGUUAUAGCAUAUCAAGCGGCACCAACUGGUCUUCCGAAAACUCCUAAAUCAGCUCAGUCAAUUGCAGAUAGUGGUUCUUAAGUUGGUACACCUAAAACUCCAACUACUCCUAAAACUCCAUAGUCCAGAUCCAGAACAAGAGAUGAAAGACCAGUAAAAUCAAGAGCUGGUGGAAGAAAAUCUUCAUAAGCUCCUGAAAAACCAAAAUCUAGAUCUAGAGGAGAGCCAAAGUCACCUGCAGAGAGAACAUUUAAAGGCAAAAGUAGAGAUAAAGAGGAAUCUAAGAGGCCAGCAUCAAAGAAGGGAAAGAAGAAGAAAAAGAAGAAGAAAAAGAAGGGCCCCUCAUCAAGAAAAUCUUCUGCCUACUCUGACUACGGCGAUGAAGAUGAUGUUGACAUAUUUGAUAAAACAUAUGAAGCUAAUAACUCACUUAGAAAUCUAGACCCUGAACAAAGGAAGCUUGAUAGGUAUUUUAUUCCAAAUGAGGUUCCAUAAUUCUCUUCUCAGCCAUUCGCCUAAGGUUAGGGUAUAGAUUUCUAUGUUGAUGAAAUAAGAUUCUUACCAGACAAUGCAACUGUGACCAAAGUCCAAAUGUCUGCUUACACCACUGAACAUCAAUAAGUGUCAGUAUCAGCGGGAGGUUUAGCUGAUCUUGAGCUUUCAAAUACAUUUACUCACUACUAUGGUUUUAGAUAUGAAUUUAGAGUUUAGAAAUUUCAUCCUCAAACAGCUGUAGUUAUCACUAUUUAUACAAUCGACAGAACUAAUAAUCAGGUCAGAACUCUUGGAUAUUCUUGCAUACAUUUAUUCUUAAACAAGAUUACAUAAUUGCCGUGUGACAACCCAAAAGAUAGAGACUUUUUACUUAGAGAAGGCUAUUAUCAAUUGCCUGUCUACAUAGAAGAUCCUCGCAAACUUCCAGAAAUUAGAGCAGAAGCUCUUGAUUACCUGGAAAAACUGCCUUGCACAUCAAUUUUGGUUAGAAUUCUUUAAGCUCCAACCGCGCCAAAUGGAGCAGUACUAUCAGCAAAAACUGUUCCAUCAAACUAAUGGGCAGAAAAAGGAAUAGUUGUUCCAGCACCUAAAUAUGAUUCAGGUCUAUAUAAUACAAGCUUAUGCCCAGUUACUGAUGUAGAGUUAGAACUUUUCCCUUCUAGAGCUGACAGAGUAGAUAUGCCUUUAAAAGACACAGCAGAACAGCUUAUGCAAGCAAUGUCUUCAAGAAGAAGCAGAAAUGCAAAUACAUUGACUGAUUGGAUUGACAUGAAACUAUCUGUAGAAAAUGACGAUGCCCCCUUAUUGGACUUGAAAUAUUUCGCAGCUUAUGAUCCUCUAUUUGGCUUCAAAGUUGCAGUUGAUGGCAUUCAUAAUCUACCUAAAAGAUAAAAUGUGUUUUACGUUGUCAUCAUGAGUCUUAACCCACCAGCUUCUCUUUAUACAGAAAGUUAGAUUCCAACUAGUGAUGUGAAUUUAAUAUCUACUUAUGACUGGGAUUCUUCAGUAAUUUCAUUUAGAUUUCAGGAUAACUAUAUGUACUAUCAAGAUGUUCAACCAGAUGCACAAAUGUCUGUCGUCUUAGAUGUGAGAGCUGUUGAAUUCGUGCAAGGAAUCCCCAAAGUAGAGCAGGUUGCAUGGUCAGCAAUCCCUAUUUUCUUCGUUCGGUAUGCUAAUUACUACGUACGUAGUGGAGCGUUUUAAGUACCACUAUUCAAAGGACCUGUUGAAUAUGGUCACCUAUCUAAUAUGUACAACUUCGAUGAUCCUUGGAACUACCUUGCAUAGCGACUUAACGAAAGAAGUAUCUAGUUGUGGGAUGGAGUAUCACUUAUUGUAAGAAUGCUGGAUUCUUAAAGAGAGGGACAUUACUCCAGACCGUUUGAUUUUGAUAGGUUCAAUCUAGUAUACAUCCCAGAGGCCGUAUUAUCGAAGCUUAAUUAUGCUUACACUGGAGCUACAGAGUCUAGAUUAAGAACAACACCAAGAAUUUCAAGUAUGGUUCCACCUAAUAUGGAUAGACUUGUAUUCCAAGAGGCAAUUAAUAGAACUUUUACCAAUCAACUUGGAUUAUCAAGAUUUAAAUGA